AUGACGCGGAAAGAGUUAAUAGAGCAAAAUAAUGUACUUUUAAAACCAAAACAUGUUUGUAAUGGUGUUGUUUCGAGUGCUGUUGAUAGAGGUCUACUAGACACAGAUAUAGAACCAGUAGAAAUAUUCAUAAAGAGAACGGAACUAUUUAAAUAUAUUUUGGGUGUCAAGAACAUUAGAGAGAUUAUUUUGGACUAUGUUCAUUUCGAUCACUCAUUGUUUAGAUGUAGAUUCAGAGUUCAGUCUGUGAGCGAUCCCAAUUGGCUGCUUUGGGCACCGGAUACACUGUUGAAAUUGGCAGAGUCCACAACGACACACGAUAUUCUCAGGCUGCUCGUCUCAAUGUUGGAAAGUGACAGUGAAACCGCCGAUGGCCAACACGUUCGAUGUUUCUUCACCACUCAGGUAAUGGAGAAGCUGAUCAGCGCUGGUGCUAGCUUCGAUCUGAUCGUUUCAAUCGCCCGGCUAUUUCCAAACACUGUAAACAACUCGAUCCUAGAUGCCGCUGCAUCUCACAAUCAAUUCCAAUGCUUCAUUGCGUUUCUGGAGAUGUUUCCUGGCGAGUUGAAACCAACUUUCAAUACAUUCAACUGUGCUAUUGUGAGCAAUGAUCUGGAUAUUCUCGAAUUCCUCUUGGUCAACCAAGAUCGAUAUCCCAUUAAACUUUUCUUGGCUGUUGGCAAUGCGAUCACCUAUAAAAAGCCAAAGGUAGUAGAGCUGUUGUUGAAGCACAAGGUGGAGGUGAACGAUCGCUCUGUUCAGGCUGCAAUCGAUUCUGGAAAUCCCCAACUCGUAGAGGCAUUACAUACUCAUUGCAAUCAACAGAUAACAUCGGAACGAGCAUUAAUAUCGGCUGCCAAGACCGGAAAUACCAAUCUCAUUAAACUACUCUAUCGUAAAGAUCUGGUAAAGAAUGAUAUUCAAUCUAUAUUAUACUCUGUAGUGAGUAGUACCAAUAUCGAGGGUUUCGAAUUCUUUCUCCAUGAUAUCUCCAAGAAUACAAAGUGUCUAAAGAGUUUAUGGCAUGCCGUCACAUCUAAUCCAUACGAUCCUACAAUUGGAUGUUCAUUGGAGCAGUACCAUAACAAACAGUUGGAAAUGAUGAAGUAUCUCAAGAAACAUAAAUAUAUUAGAACGUUUGGUUUCGAUACAUCAAGUGGAAAUCCAUUCAUUCUUAAAUACCUGUUGGAUAACAAUCAUUUGAAUCUUACUGCUCUUGAAAUCGAGACUAUACUUGACAAUGCAAUUGAACAUAGCAAUCUACCAAUGAUCCAAUAUCUCUACGAAGAAAGUAGAGUGAGUGUAAAGAUUCUACAGGGACCAAGCUACUAUUCCAUUCUCUCAACUAGAGUCAGCAAAUCGAAAGCACAUCAAAAGGAGUACUACCGACACACAAGCGAAGCAAAGGAUUUGGAAAUCUUUAAAUAUCUAAUGAAGUCAAAACUCAAUGUAAACAGUCAAGAUCUCUUCAACCUAUCGAUGCUUUACAAGUCAUUCUUGCUCUUUCUCAAUUAUGAAUUUUGGAGUCGCGGUUCAUCGACCUUUGGUUUACAGUGGAAUCAAUUAGUUCCAGCCACCCAUUAUAACCUCAAGGAAUUGGUGCAGAAAUUGAUACCCAAACAAAAACCUUAUAUCAAAGCUGCACAAAUGAAAGCCAUAUCGAUGGGUCAUCUCGAGAUUUUCACUAUACUUUUCAAUGAUGGUGGUGGUUUGGCUGUGACAUUCAAGAGUAUAGCGGAAUAUUUCAAGUCUGAUAAUAUCAAACUUUUGGAUUUCCUUUAUGUCCAAUGUCGUCAGGAAUUCCAAGAGUACGUAAAGAGUGAGAAAUCUUUGAAAUUGAAUGAUCCAGUUACUUCAGAGUAUCUGCUUGCAAGAUUCAACCCACAAUCUCAUUCCACAUCAAUAGAUUCCGAGGCAAUCGCUGAUAUCAGUCAAGUUCUAUUUAUGGAAUCAGAGUAUGUCGCCAGUAUCUAUGAUAUGGUAGAACCACCCAGAUUCUCACAGUAUGCUAUCGAUCAUGCGGUGGACAGAGGAUACAUGGCACAAAUAUUCUAUAUCUUUGAAAAGUACAAUGUUCAAAUCAGAUUCCCCCAGGUUUCCAUGUUGAUAAGUGCAUCGGAAUAUGGAUAUGUCGAACUAUUGAAAUAUUUGUGUACGAGAAUUGCCAUACCCGUAGAGAAAAGAUUCUAUCAAAAAAUCGAGAAAUACAACAGAAGCACUGGUAAAUCAUUUGAAAUUUUUCAUCAACUUUUAUUGAAUCUAAAGGAUCAACAAAUAGACAAUCUCGGUGGACCUGAAAAGGAUAUCUAUGGUAAUGUUAUGAAGAAUUUCUUUGAUAAAACUUUUUACUGUGUUAGAAAAUAG